AUGAAUCCCUUCGGCGGCUCAAGCGGUGACGAUUUCUUUGGUGGUGGCAGCGACCUAUUCGGUGGUAUGGGUGGCGGCAUGGGACGCGGUGGCCCGAUGGGAGGCCUGAUGGGAGGUAUGGGUGGCAUGGGUGGUGGUGAGAUGGGACGUGGAGGUCCUAUGGGUCCGAUGGGCGGAAUGAGCGGUGGCAACCCUCGCCGAGGGGGCUACUCAUCUUUCUCCUCCUACGAUUCCUCGCGUCCAGAAGGUCAACAGUAUCAGGAACAUCAUGAGCCUUUCGGCGACAAUGCUCAAAGCGGGUAUAGCCACCAACGACCUCCACGCAGUGGGGGUGGCGGUAGAGGCUUCAUGUUCUCUGGCCUAACACGCGCAGACAAUCCCUUCCGCCGUCGAGUUGGCGGCAAUCCAGCUGGUGGAUAUAACACGUCUGCACGAGAGGAGUCUAGCUACCCACACAUGGGCCGUGAGGGUCCCCAGUACGCUUCGCGGUACGAAGAGUACCCACGUAGUCAUGGCUCGUCUCGUCGCCAACCACCACAGCAAGCCUACUACGAUGAUGAGUCGGACCCCGACGAAGACCUUCGACAGCGUCAGUAUUAUGCUCCUCAGCAUCCGUACGGUGGUGGGGGUGCGCGUGGUGGUGGGGGUGGUGGUAGACCAAGUGGUGGACGGCUGUUCAACUAUGAUCGUUUCGGUCGUCGUAACUAA